AUGCGUCUGACCUCUGUCGCUUCGGGCCUUGCCCUACUCUCCAUUCAGGCAGCUGCCCAUCCUGGCCACGAUCUUUCUGAGGAGAUUGCCGAGCGCCGCGCCUUUCUCGGAAACAUUGAGCGAGCUUCCCUCGCUCACUGCGCCACCAAGCUUCGUGCUCGCGGUGUUGAGCAGCGCAACAUUGAACGUCGCGCUGCCCUUCUUAAGAAUGCCCGUGAGAAGCACGUUGGCGGUGAGUAUGUUCGUCGCAACAUUAUUGAAGAGCAGGAGGGAGUCAACAUCGUCCUCGAUUACCAGGUCAUUGACGUCGACACCUGCGAGCCCGUCCCCAAUGUGUACCUCGAAAUGUGGCACUGCAACUCCACCGGCGUCUACUCCGGCGUGAUUGCCAACGGCAACGGCGACUCGUCUGACGAGAGCAACAUCGACAACACCUGGCUUCGCGGCAUCCAGGAGACCGACAGCGACGGCGUCGCCCAGUUCGAGUCUCUGUUCCCCGGCCACUACACCGGUCGCGCCGCCCAUAUUCACUUGAUGGCGCACACCAACGCCACUCUCCUCGCCAACCAGACUCUCGGCAACGACGUCUACGCCAGCCACGUCGGCCAGGCCUUCUUCGACCAGGACCUCAUCAACGCAGUCGACAAGAUCUCUCCCUACUCCGAGAACACCCAAGACAUGACCUUGAACACCGAAGACAGCAUUCUCUCCGAAGAGGCCCACACCGAGGGCGUUGACCCUCUGAUGGAGUACACGCUGCUCGGCGACUCGGUCGAGGAUGGCCUCUUCGCCUGGCUCGCCUUUGGCAUCAACACCACCGAGUCGUCCAAGGUCACGCCAGCCGUCUUCCUCUACGAGCAGGGUGGUGUCGCCAACUCGGCUUCUGGCGGCGGCGGCGGCUCCGGCGGUCCCCCCAACGGCAACCCCCCCGACGACCUGACCUCCGGCGUAGCCUCCGAUCCCUCCGCCACCGCUACCAGCACCAGCUCCACCACGGCCCUGGCCAGCGAGACCCCCAGCGGCGCCUCGUCCACCCGCCGUGCCAAGUAUGGCGUGGCGCUGCUCGGGCAGCUGUUCGCCGUAUGCAUCGCGGUCGUCUUUGCUAGGAUUGCAUUGGCGUAG